CGCAGCGCUCCGGCCCUGGUCGCGGGACCGAAUCCCUCCCGCGGCGCCGGGCGGUGCGGACCGGCCCCUCCGCCUCCACGCGCGCGCGCUCCGCCGCUUCGCCCAUCGCGCCGUGCCGCGCCGCGCCGCGUCGGCAGCCUCUCUCCGAGCCCGCAGCCGGGACUCUGGCGUGCAGCGCGGGCCUCGGCGGGGCCUGGCGCCCCGGUCCGGGAGGAUGCGGCCCGCGGCGGCCCGGGAGCUGAGCAGGGCCCCCGAGCCGGCCCCCGCGGGCCCCGGCUUCUGGAGCCGCAGACGCUGCCCCGCCCCUGAGAGACAUGACUUCCAAGCCGCAUUCCGACUGGAUUCCCUACAGUGUCUUAGAUGAUGAGGGCAGCAACCUGAGGCAGCAGAAGCUUGACCGGCAGCGGGCCCUGCUGGAGCAGAAGCAGAAGAAGAAGCGCCAGGAGCCCCUGAUGGUGCAGGCCAAUGCCGAUGGGCGGCCCCGGAGUCGGCGGGCACGGCAGUCAGAGGAGCAGGCCCCCCUGGUGGAGUCCUGCCUCAGCAGCAGUGGCAGUGCCAGCUACCAAGUUCAAGAGGCCGACCCACUUGCUGGUGUGCAACUGGGAGCCGCCCGCCCACCAGCACCAGUCUCUGCCGAGAGAACCAAGGCAGCAGCUGCGCCAGGGGGCCAGGGCGGGGCCUCUAGGAAGGAGAAGAAGGGGAAGCACAAAGGCACCAGAGGGCCAGCAGCACUGGCAGAAGACAAGCCUGAGGCCCGAGGCCCGGUGCAGAUCCUGACUGUGGGCCAGUCAGAUCAUGCGCAGGACACUGGGGAGACGACAGCCGGUGGGUGUGCGUGGCCCAGCAGGCAGGACCUCCGUGCCACAAUGCAGAAGAAAGGUGUCUCCAGCAGCAUGAGUUUUGAAGAGGAAGAGGAGGAUGAGGACGAGAACAGCUCCAGCUCCUCCCAGCUAAACAGCAACACACGCCCGAGCUCCGCUACAAGCAGGAAGUCGGCCAGGGAGGCAGCCUCAGCCCCCAGCCCAACCGCCCAGGAGCCACCGGGAGAUGUUGAGGUCCAGGACCUUGAGGAGUUUGCGCUGAGGCCAGCCCCACAGGGUAUCACCAUCAAGUGCCGCAUCACGCGGGACAAGAAGGGAAUGGACCGGGGGAUGUACCCUACCUACUUUCUGCACCUGGACCGUGAGGAUGGGAAGAAGGUGUUCCUCCUAGCCGGAAGGAAGAGAAAGAAGAGUAAAACUUCCAAUUACCUCAUAUCUGUGGACCCAACAGACUUGUCUCGAGGCGGGGACAGCUACAUCGGGAAACUGCGGUCCAACCUCAUGGGCACCAAGUUCACUGUUUAUGACAACGGAGUCAACCCUCAGAAGGCAUCCUCCUCUACUUUGGAGAGUGGAACCUUGCGUCAGGAGCUAGCAGCCGUGUGCUACGAGACGAACGUCUUAGGUUUCAAGGGACCACGGAAGAUGAGUGUGAUUGUCCCCGGCAUGAACAUGGUUCAUGAGAGAGUCUCUAUCCGGCCCCGCAACGAGCAAGAGAUGCUACUAGCACGCUGGCAGAAUAAGAACAUGGAGAGUAUCAUUGAGCUACAAAACAAGACGCCUGUCUGGAAUGAUGACACACAGUCCUACGUCCUCAACUUCCAUGGGCGCGUCACACAGGCCUCCGUGAAGAACUUCCAGAUCAUCCAUGGCAAUGACCCGGACUACAUCGUGAUGCAGUUUGGCCGUGUGGCAGAGGAUGUGUUCACCAUGGACUACAACUACCCACUGUGUGCGCUGCAGGCCUUCGCCAUCGCCCUGUCCAGCUUCGACAGCAAGCUCGCCUGCGAGUAGAGGCUCCCGUGCCCUUUGGGGUUCCCCGGCCUGGAAUGGAGCCACCUGCCUGCGGAGACAGC